CUGCUCAAGAAUUCCAUAUUCGAUUGAAGUCAGAGGUGCUUCAUGUGUUGUAAUGCCGCAAGCGAGUUUGAAUUGUAAAGGAUGUCUGGCAUACGGCCCUAUGGUUAAGAUUAGUGUAAAGAGAUUAGUCAUCUUUGUUAAAGAGAUUCAGAGAUAUGCUCAUCGUGAGUGGUCUGGCCCAGUAAAGCCCGCCCGGUUUGUCGCCAAACCAUGCCAUAUGCAA